AUGGAGACGUCCACACGCGACAGCAUGCAUUCUCGAAUGCGGCUCGAACAGCUGGCUGCCAAUAUGGGUGUAUACAUGAAUAUGAAAUUUCCUCGCAUCACAAGGAAAGACACAGUCUCUUCGUUCAACCAGCAAGAUAAAGAUGCAGCGGAAGCACUCGCAAAGCAGAAGCGCCUCGAAGCCUUUUCAGCAAAAUCUCACGUCUUCAGACGCACUCCAAGCAAACGCAGCUUCAAGCGGGAUGAGCUCUACUCUGCCAUAGAGGCAGUCAUUCGAAAUGAUGGGUCACUCGGUAUGCUAGAGUACCUGUUAACGCAGCUCAAAGACACAAAGGCGAAGAAGAGCUUUUUCAAAUCCCAGGAAAACCCGAUGGCCAUCGACAUGACCGAUUUGCUAAGACUCGCGACAGAGAAGAGAAACUCGAGUUUUCUAGAAAUUCUAGCCCCCCACGUUGAUCAAUGGGGGCUUGAUGCGUCGCUGGGCCUCGCAGUUGCGAGCAUGGAUUUGCAUUGUAUCAAGGCUCUGCUACAGAACGGGGCGGAUCCCAACUCAUGUCACCAACAAUUUGUCACGGCCGUUGGUAAUGGACAUGUUGCCGUCGUUGAGAUGCUAGCUGGAACCGAGAAGAAACUAAAUGACGCUUGUCUGGAUGAAUCAUUGCCAGUGGCUGUGUCGAUAGGGUCUAUGCGGUUGAUAUUGUGUCUGCUACAUAACGGUGCAGACGCGGACACGGAUCAGGUUUUGGAGACUGCUGUUCGGGCCGGACGACUCGAUAUUACCGCUGCUCUUGUACUCGCUAACCGACCUCCUUCUCGUGUAUCGCUCGAUUGUGCAGCAGGAGCCGCAUUCAAUUUAAAAGGUCUUAGCGAUGACGAGCGUGAGUCUCUAGUGGAACUUCUCCUUUGUGCCGGCGCGAAUGGAGAUAGCGUCGCGAGAGCAUUAGUGAGCUCAGUCGCAGCUAACGAUAAGCGGUCCGUGGCUCUCAUCGUCUCCUAUAACGGAAACGUCGCAUACAAUUCGUGUGAAGCCAUCAUAACUGCUAUCAACGGCGGAAAUCUACACUUACUUGAUAUCUUGUUCAAGGGCGACAUCGACCCCAAUACCGCCUCAGUGGCACUAUCUAGGAUACCCGAGGUUGUAUCGAACCUCUCUCCGACAAAGAAGCUCUCAAUUAUUUCCCACUUCGUAGAGUGCGGUGCAUACGGAAAGCCACUCAAUCAAUGCUUAGUUGGCGCAGUACAAAAGAACGAACGGAGCUUGGUGGACUUGUUGAUCAAACAUAAAGCUUCGGUUGAUUAUGAUGACGGAUAUGCACUACGACUGGCUAUUUCAUCAGGCUCUCUACCGACUUUCAAGAAACUACUUGAAGGAAGGCCCUCACAAGCAACCCUGGGCCAUUGCUUCAGCUUGCUACCCUCGAUACCGCCACGGUUACAACUAACGGUCGCGAAGGAGCUAUUGACCGCUGGUGCAAGAGGAGAAGCAAUCAAUAAAUCGCUUAUUGGCGCCGUUAUAGGGGAUUUCCCUGCCGAAAGAGAGCAGCUUAUUGAGCUGUUCGUGAGCUACGGGGCAGACGUGGAUGUUGAGAAUGGAAAAUGCUUAGAAGAAUCCGUGAAGGUAGGAGACAUCAUUGUGCUCAAGCUGUUGCUCCAAGGAAGGCCUUCAUCGUCAUCCCUUUCACGAGCGAUUGUCCCAGCAGUCUCCCUACGAGAUCGAAUCCUUCGGUUCUCUAUCUUGGAUCUCAUCCUUAACUCUAGAGAAGCCAGUGGGCCCCAGAUCGACCAAGAGUUGGUUACAUUACUUAAGGAGGACCCCCUUGAUAUUGUCGCAGUCAACUUAUUCCUCGAAAAAGGGAAAGCAGACAUUAAUUCUAAUAAUGGCGAACCCAUCAAACAAGCAUGUCGAAUGGAUGAUCCUGAAUUGCUGAAAAUUAUCUUGCAGCACCAGCCUUCUGUUGACGCACUCAACGCUGCAUUCCCAGUCGCCCUAGCAUCACAGAAUAUCUCGGCUCGCUACAAGAUGUGCUACAAACUCUUGCUUGCUGGUGCCAACGGAGAGGCCUUGGAUUCAGGCCUUGUUACGGCCCAGCAAAGCUCACUGGCUGAUUCCCGCCUGAUUGAGUUACUCUUAGCAUAUGGUGCAAAUGUCAACUAUAACAAAGGAGCAGUUAUCCAGAGAGCAAUCGAUACUUCCAAUGAGAAGCAGUUAGCGCUACUGGUAUCGAAGUUUCCCACAACUCUUACUUUAUCAGUUGGGUUGGAGCGAUUGCUUAAAGUUGAUACUGAAAAGAGAAACGAAAUGGGCAAAAUUCUGCUAGAUGCUACGCAAAAUCGUAUCCCUGAGGUGCUGGAUACUUUGCUCGCUGAGGCUAUCAUGCUGAACAAAGGCGACAUCAUAUUCUUAAAGAUGAUAAUCCAGUAUGGCGCUUCUGUCAAUUUUCGACAAGGAGCGGCCAUCAUUAACUCCAUAAAUGGGCGACGAUUCGACGUGUUUAGCCUUCUGUUGGACCAACAGGCCAAUCAAGGAACACUUGAAGCCGCAUUCAAAGCAUGCUGGGCAUUGAAAGGUUCAGAGCGCUUGCAGUACAUCUCCCGGGUGCUUGGAGCUGGUUACAAAGACGAUCUAGUUGACGCCGCGCUACUUGAAUCUGUUCAGGAGACACCCUGCGACCACGAUGCAAUUAAAUUAUUACUUACUUAUGGAGCAUCGGUGCAUUAUAGCCGCAGUCAGUGUUUGGUUCACGCAGCGAUGUCUAAGGAUAUUUUGACCUUGGGCCUACUUCUGGAAUAUAUGUCCGACAGGGCGGGCGUCACUUAUGCCUUCGGUAAACUGAUAUCUACGGAUACAAAUAAUUGGUUGACAAAUACUGGAUAUUCAACCGUGGAAUUGCUCCUUCGUAAUGGGGCGUCCGGUGAAGUGCUGAGCCUUGCCUUGGUUACCGCUGUCGAAACGUCUGAUUCUAAUCCAAAAUCUCCCGAUUUUGUCGAACUCUUCCUUCAAUAUAAGGCCAACGUUGAUUAUCAGGAUGGCCGGGCGUUAACAGCUUCUAUUUCCGUCGGAAAACCUCUGUUAACCAAGGCGAUACUAAAGUCGAGUACCUCGAGUCAGAAUAUCAACGCAGCAUUUUUGUGCAUAUUCAGCUCCAAUUUGACUGAAGAAGUUGCCAUUGAGUUAUUCGAUAUUUUCACCCAGGUUAACUUGGAUAUCCAGGCAUUGAAUGGUAACGUAUGGUCUUCAAAGGACGAAAUUGAGGCUCCUGAGCCAGUUACAUUCCAAUGCCUUAGGAAAUGGCCUCGAGGUAGCAAACUCCUGGGUCGUCUACUUGAAGCUGGAAUUCAUGUAGAUAAGCCAAUUCCCUACGUGAUCGAGGAAGAACACGGCUUCGAACAGGUAUCCCUUCUUUUGUGGGCACUUCUUCAACCGCAACAACUGAUAAGCCCCUACGUUUUUGAAUGUCUUCUAAAGCAUGGAGCUGAUCCAAAUUUCCAGUCAUCUAGUUCAAUGGUGACACCGUUACUGGUCGCUUCAACAGAUAGGACACCAGAUAUUAUCCGAAAACUCAUUCAGCAUGGAGCAGUAGUUUCGGUUAUGGAUAGGUAUGGCGUAACGCCUCUUAUCAAUGUUAGCAGGCGGGGUGAACUAACAACUAUGCGCUCCCUCAUUGAUGCUGGUGCCAUCGUCGAUGAUGGCAGUCUUCACGAAGCCUCGAGAGGGCUACAGUCAAGUGCCGUUCAACUUUUAUUGGACCACGGCCACAAUCCAAACUUCCCUUCCAUGCUUCACGAUGGACGCUGCGCUUUAGCCGAACUGUGUCUUAAGACAGAAUCACCAGGAACCUCUCUGGUUAAGAUUAGACAGACGAUCGAUGCGCUUGUAUCAGGGAAAGCUGACUUGACUAUUCAAAGUCAAGGAAAGCCACUCAUAUACCAUGCCCUUGAUAAUCCGACGUCAUGUAUCAGCACCACUACUGCCUUGCUGGCAAGCAGAAUGUGGAGGCUGAUCAACAAUGACUUCAACCAUUACACCUGUGACGGAUAUGUUUAUUCACCAGCCACCUACGUGACUAGAAAUCUCGCGCAGAGCCCCUCGGAAUAUGCCCCGGAACUCCUUCACAUCUUAAAAGCUAACGGCUGUAAGGAUGUAUUCUACAAAUGUGAAGGCUCCCAACCACCAGAUAUGGUCGGAGCACCCCCUGAAGUUAUCGCUGAAGAGCGAAGGCGCAAAACUCGCAUUCAACGCAUGCAGGAACAAGAAGAAGACCAUCAGAUAUCACUCCAACGUGAGCGUGAUGCUGCUGAUCAACAACAUCAAAUAAUGACUCGUGCUCAUCACCUUCGAACUCUACAUGAUCGCGAGAUAGCAGAUGAACGAGAUGCAGCUGUCGAGCGAUCCAACAAACUCCAACUACGCCUUGAGGCCGAAUCUGCUUCUCAACGCCAACGAUUUGCUGUCCAGCAACAGUUAGCAGACCAAGAACAGCUGCGUAUGAUGAGUCAACUUCGUCUUGAAGCUGCUGAGAGGCAGGGAAGACUACAAAUUGAAAACGAUAAACUUAUGGCACACACUCAGCAUAACCUCUUAGAGGCUAAAAUUGCAGUGGAAUCGAGGAGAAUCAAAGAACUGGAGGCUGCCAAUGAGAGACAAUAUCAUAGAGAUUCAGACUUGCUUUCACGCCAGGAGCGAAUGUUAGCGGAUCGGAAAGCAUUUAUGGCUGCUCCAGCAGCUGCAUUAGGGGGUGAAUCUGGCUUGUCCAUGCCAGAGCCUCAACGGCAACUGACUUAUACAGGCUCAGAGCUGGACUAA